AUGUACACUCAAUCCAUCGUCGCCGGUCUCCUCAGCAUUGCCGCCUUGACUACUGCCGCACCUCUCACUGCUCGCACCGAGUCCGGCACCUAUGCCUCGAAUAAUGGCACAUUGAUCACCACUUCAAGCACUCUGACAAUGGGCGUCACCUCAAGCGCCAGCACCAGCCCUGUCUCGAGCACCCCCGCCCCGGCGCCCUCCUCCAACACUGGAGCACAGCCUGUCGCCUCGAUCCUCCCAGACUUCACCUCGCAGUACACCGCUUCCACGGGCGCCAUCGACUUCCACACCUCCCGCGGCCUGGUCUCCCGGCUCCCCCAAGACGGCGGCAAAGACAUCACCACGCUCGUCACGUUCGAGUUGCCAACCCAGUACGCCGACCACGAAUGCCAACUCAUUUUCGACCAGGGCAACGAUCCGUCAGGCUACGUCACGGGCACGGGCAAAGCACAGCUCUUCACUUCCCUAGCCUCGGCCGACGAAGACUCAGCGACAUGGCCGAGCGGGAACUUGAGAAACCAGAACCUGGGCACGAUUCAGCUGAGUGCCACCGGUCGCGCCGUGUGGGAGGCUGGGUCUGGGCCGGGCGCCACUGUUGAGGGGAAGUUCCCGUGCUCCAAUAUCGCGGGGAAGGUUUAUGGUGGUGAGAUCGUGCCGGUGGGUGACGCGGACACUAUCAGCUGGAUUGUCGGUCGGGGUGACGGGCCGAAGAUCUUGGUUUGGUGA